AUGGAAUUGCCAGGAACAGAGUGCCAAGCAACCUGUUUCAAAAACUCAUCCUACAUAUUUUCGAAAAGCGGAAGAAAGUGGUAUCAGAACAGGCAUGUCUGUUACAAGCAGGGAGGUGACUUAGUCUCCAUCGAAACUCAAGAAGAAUGGCAGUUUAUCAGUCAUGAGAUUCAAAAGCGUGGUACUUCGAAUACUAGUGCGUGGCACAUUGGUUUAAGGAAGAGAGACGGGGAUUGGACUUGGACUUGGUCGAGUGGAGAAAAUCUAAGUAUUUCGAAAUGGCGAGAUUCUCAGCCAGAUGGUAACGACUCUUGCGCGGAAAUAUCUAAGAAUGGAGGCCUCUUUAAUGGUAUCUCUCGUUACGAUAAAAACGCCUUCAUUUGCGAGAUGCCCGGAGGUUAUCGUUCCAGCAUCGCCAUCGCCAUCGCCAUCGCCAUCGCCGUCGCCGUCGCCGUGGCCGUCGCUGUUGCCGUCGCCUUCGCCGUUGCCGUCGCCGUUGCUGUUGCCGUCGCCUUCGCCUUCGCCAUCGCUUUCGCAGCAAG